AUGGGAAAGCAAAAUAGCAAAUUAAAACCGGAAGUUUUGGAAGAUUUAAGGCAAAGCACGGAAUUUUCAGAUACCGAAAUCCAGGAAUGGUAUAAGGGUUUCCUGAAGGAUUGUCCGAGCGGUCACCUGAGCGUCGACGAAUUCAAAAAAAUCUACGGGAAUUUUUUCCCAUACGGGGACGCAUCGAAGUUUGCUGAACACGUGUUCAGAACGUUCGAUGCCAACGGUGAUGGUACUAUAGAUUUUCGGGAGUUUCUCUGCGCUCUCUCGGUUACGUCCAGGGGGAAACUGGAGCAGAAACUUAAAUGGGCGUUUAGCAUGUAUGAUUUGGACGGAAAUGGGUACAUUUCGAGACAGGAAAUGCUGGAAAUUGUGACUGCAAUUUACAAAAUGGUCGGAACCGUUAUGAAAAUGCCAGAAGAUGAAUCCACGCCAGAGAAAAGGACUGACAAAAUAUUCCGACAAAUGGAUAAAAACAAAGAUGGAAAAUUAUCACUGGAUGAAUUUAUCGAAGGUGCUAAAAGCGAUCCAUCGAUUGUGAGAUUGCUUCAGUGCGAUCCUCAGGCUCAAUGA